AUCAUUAUCGAACUCUCAAGCAAGGCGCCACAACCUCUCGCAAUAUUGAGUCAGAGUCAAACAAAGUCUUGUUUUCAACGUCCACAAUCCGAUCAAGAGAGCUGCAGUGCAGAGGCUAGAAGCAACACACACAUACACCAUCAUGGCAAACAGACGAGCAAACCCGUUCUCCAUUUCAAGUCUCUUGGAGAAGAAGGACGACGAGAAACCUGAAGAGAAAUUUACGAACGUGAAGGAAGAAGAGCCUUGUCGUGAUGAUUUGGAGGACGAAUGCUCCAAAGAUGUGAAACCUGCAUUAGAAAGAAUACCCAGCAUGACAGAAGAAAGCAAACAACGCAGAAUUCACUCCUGGUUCACAGAAUACCAAGCUAGACAAACAAGCAUUGAAGCUAGUAAGUAUAUCCAAUAUUACUUAUAGUUGCUCUAUACUCGACUUUACAUAUCUCUAAAAUUUUCAAGAAUAGCCGUUUAAUUAUUACCCUUGUGUUCACAUACAGCGAGUCGGGGAUUGCAAAUAUAAAAGUUGGGUACAAAAUUAUACAAAAGCUCGCAUUUUGGUAGAAUCUUACAGUAUCAUUGCGCCUUAUAUAUUCUGCAAAAAUUGCCAUUAUCCCAUUUAUAAAGAUUCAUUCCGAUUUAUCAAACUAUAUAUACAAAUAUAAAUCACCAAUCACGAAUUGCAAGAAUAUAAAGCUUACUUUAGAAUAUCAAAUAUCGCGUAUAAAAGCACAGAAUAUAGAAUAUCGCGUUCUAUCAGUAUCCCGUUCUAUCAGUAUCCCGAACGGUACCAUAGCAUAGGACUGAAUCAUUUCAAUACAUUGGAGUCAUAUGAAAUAUCUGUUCCUUACCCGUAUACUAAAGAUGUAAACAUGCACCUUGGUCACUCUUCAGAAAUGCUUUAUAUAUAAAAACAAUUAGCAUUUAAGAGUGGGAUUUUGAAUUCACCUCUAAUUGUUUUGUUAUUUCCUAAAAUGUUUGGUAUAUAUAAUAUAGCAUUUGAUCUUUUCUUAACGGUUAAAAACUUAUAUAAGAAAUAUAAGUUAAGAUAACGUAUAUAAGAAACUUGAUUAAAUUUUCGCUCCUAUCAAAAACGGCUAUAUUUUAAUACGGUUUUGUACUGAAUCCAUCGUUGGAUACAAAUAUACGCGCUUUGCACGUAUGCCGCAACCCACGGACAAUUCUGAACGAUUAUAUGGAAAUGACAAUUUAUAUUUAUCCUAAGAGGAAAAUAAUGUAACAUAGUUAUCGAAUAAAGGGAUUGAGCUCCUAUAGUUAGAAAACCAUAUUGAGCUCUGCUUCCUAUAGAAAAAAAAACAGGCUAGCAGCUGGUUAUUUAUUCCUAUAUAUCCAAGCCAAGCCAAGGCCUGACCGCUCCUGGUUUAAGUCUUAAAAUCUACAUAGAAUACCUUUUGGCUUAAAUUUUACACGUGCCACCAACACAUUGCGGAAUUGGACAAGUACAGUAUUUCGGUAUACAGCAUGUAUUUCAUUCUGAUGCCGACUUAAGAGUUAAUAAUUCAUAGGUAAAAUUCGACCGUCUUUUUGUCAACUCUGAAAGGUAUUUUUGUGGAUAUGCUUAUUAGCGAUGGUGGUGUGUUUUAUAACCUGUGAGACCAUGUAAUUGUUGGAUUGAACGGUAUAAAGCAUCUUCUGUUUACAAUAUUUAUCUAACUUCUCGAUAUUUUUCACUUUAGAAUCACCAGAGCCAGAAUAUGGCAGUUCAAAAUCCCCACCUAUCGACUCAGAUGAAGAUACAAACAACGAUGCGAUGAAAAAACGCCGUAAGAAAAAAACGCGCACGGUUUUCUCCCGGACGCAAGUAUAUCAACUCGAGACGACGUUUGAUAUGAAACGCUACCUCAGCUCAUCAGAACGCGCUGCGUUAGCCGUACAACUUCAUCUCACCGAAACACAAGUGAAAAUUUGGUUCCAGAACAGAAGAAAUAAAUGGAAAAGACAAAUCGCAGCUGAACUAGACGCCGCAAAUGCCGCUCAUGGCUCCCAAGCUCAGAGACUUCUCAAAGUUCCACUGCUUUACCACGAAGCAAGUUUAAGAAGCGGACACGGUUUCCCUUAUUCACCUUUCAUAACCCCCUACCCAACGUUUCACUACCAGUCACCAUUCUCACCAAUGUUCGCAAAUCAUAUGAAGUCUACCCUGCCACAUCUAUCUUAUGAAAAGGGAGCCAUACUUUAAAUGUGCUGAAGGCGAACUGGCAACCACAAAUCGUGAGCGCGUAUCCUUCUCAUACAUUCGUUGGGACAAUUCUAGUCGCCGAAUAAAACAUUGACUUUUGACGCACUUUUGUUACAGGACGGAAAAUCAACCGAGUUUUAUAAACUCAGUAAAUAAAUAGAGAAUGAACAGCUAGAACUGCUCAGAACACAAUAAGUUAAGAAAACAGCUAACGUUUUUCAAGGUAAAACCCUAUCACAUGACAGUGUUCGAUCUUGAGGUUCUGCCGAAUAGCCCUAAAUAAUAAAAUUUUGUACUUAUAUUUCAUCUUCGUACUGUAGGAGUAUGCUAUAAGUACAAAACUUUAAGCUGUUAACAUUUUUCUAAAGAACAAUUUCGCGUUAAACCUUUUUAAAAUGCUGCACUUAAAGGCAAAAAGUUCCGUAACAAAUUGUCCAGUUACGUUGACACACGUCGCAAAGUCACUGUCAUUUUGAUAUGGUAACACAUUUUUCUACUUUGUCAAAACAUUAUCAAAUAGGACUAAAUCGAGGGUAAAUUUAUAGUUAUUUAUUUGGGUUUAGAUGAAAGGGAAAGAAUAAUGGAGGUAAAAUUAGCUUAUGACAGCGCGUACUAUAGAUAAUCGCUUGUGAGCUUAUAUAUUGAGAUGCUUAUCUCGACUUAAACACUCACAAAUUAUAAUACAUUCACGUUUUCAGUGAAGAAUUCAAUUCCUCUGUAAAUAAACUUUGUACAGCUUAUUUUGUGAUUUGUAAAUAAAAGAUUCAUUGAAUAAAUUUAUCUGCUUCGAAUGACU